GUAUUGCUGGAUCAAUCGAAAAAAGUUUGAAUAGUAGUCUUUUUUUAUGAUAAUAUUCUUGAUCAUGGUUUGUUAUAGAUAAUCAGGUUUAAACAUGCUGAUGAUAGUUUCCAGUAGCAAAAAUAAAGUUUUAUUUAUGUGGUUUCUUUGUUUUAGUUAUUCAUCAAUCGGUAGUGUGGCCACAGACACGGAAAAACAGGAUACUGGAUACGAACACGGCGAAACAGUGUUAUUUAAGCGACAUUUUUGAAUGGCUCGAUCUGCCCUGGAUGAAAUGUCGGAAAUUGGAGCAUUUCAAAGAACUGCUUCAACAUUUCGCAAUUUCAUUUCGCGAGAUCCAAAUUCUCAAUUUCCAGCUGAAUCCGGAAGGUAUCAUCUAUAUGUAUCUUAUGCUUGUCCCUGGGCUUCCAGAUGUCUUGCAUACUUGAAGAUAAAAGGACUCGACAAUGCCAUCAGUUUCACGUCUGUCAAACCCAUAUGGGCAAGAACGAAGGACAGCGAUGAGCAUAUGGGAUGGGUUUUUCCUACUUCUAAGACAGAAGAACAAGGAGCUGAACCGGACCCCUUGAAUGGGGCAAAAAGUAUAAGAGAACUUUAUGAACUUGCAAGUACUAAUUAUGCUGGAAAGUACACUGUUCCUGUUCUAUGGGAUAAGAGGCUCAAGACAAUUGUUAGUAAUGAGAGUUCCGAAAUUAUUCGUAUGUUCAAUACGGAAUUUAAUGAUAUAGCUGAAAAUGCAGCGCUGGAUUUAUAUCCUCCGGAGGUGCGAGUUCAUAUUGAUGAAACCAACGAAUGGAUAUACGAUGGGAUAAAUAAUGGUGUUUAUAGAUGUGGUUUUGCAAAGAAGCAAGGACCUUAUGAGGAGGCUGCAAAACACUUGUAUGAAGCUCUUGAUAAAUGUGAAAUGAUACUAGGACAGCAACGCUACAUAUGCGGAAACACUCUGUCUGAAGCAGAUAUCCGGUUGUUCGUCACCCUUAUAAGAUUUGAUGAGGUUUAUGCAGUUCACUUCAAGUGCAACAAAAAACUUCUAAGGGAGUACCCAAAUUUGUUGAAUUAUACCAAGGAUAUAUUUCAAGUCCCUGGUAUGAGUAGCACAGUAAACAUGGAACAUAUAAAGCGGCAUUAUUAUGGAAGCCAUCCUUCAAUAAAUCCAUUUGGUAUCAUUCCUCUCGGCCCGGAUAUCGACUUUUCGUCCCCUCAUGACCGAGAGAAGUUCGGUAAGUAAAUGUUUAUGUGCAUUUCAAUUGAAGCAAAUAAUGGACACCCUUAUGGUAGUGUGUGUGAGUAUCAACUUGUGUUGGGAAAUUGCAUUAUAGUGAUCUUCCUGAGUGUAAUAGGCCUUGUUUCUGUUGGAUUUAUUUUAUUUUGAAUGUUAAAUUUGUGUCCUAUUCUCAUGAUUCUUUUGCUAAUAAUAGAAUUUGAGAAGAUGGGCAUUCAUGUAGUAGACUUUGGUUUCUCAGGUUGAUUUGAAGUUCUGCUCAUCAUAAUAAAAAAAAUAAAUUGUUUAUUGACCUCA